UAUGUAAAAAAAAAAAAUGUUUAAUUUGACAUCGUUGUUUCCAAACGACUUUCAUUUAAUCUACAAUCUAAGUUUCCGAACAGUACCAACAAGUAUUUCAUUUUUAAUAAUACAGAUAGAUGCUAGUGCUCGUACAGGACUUUAUUAUGUAUUCAUGUCGACCAAGGAGUCUCUAGACGCCUUUACGAGUCUUGAGUGGGGUUUUCAUCUUUAUCAUGAACAUCGGAUUAAAGGACGCGUGUUUGUGUCUGUUGAUGGAGGUUUUGCUAUAAAUAGGGCUUGUCGCCAUGGUAUAAUCAAAUAAGUAUUUCUGAUCGAGCUUAUAUUGUUUGGGAAUCUAUCUUUAUUGAGUGAGUUUCGUGUGUGUGUAUAUUAACUUUAUUAAGAGAGAGAGAGAGAGAGAGAGAAAAAAGAGAGACUAUGGGGAUGUUUUUGAGAAGGGGCUGGAUAGUGGCUUGUGUGUUUAUGUUACUGAUGUCGACUCAAGUGUUGGGAAAAUUAUCUAGCAAAGAUGAUCAUGCCAAGAGCAAACACCGACAUCACAAUAACAAAAGAGACGGUGCUAGUGGAGGUGGAGGUGCUGGAGGUAGUAUCGGAGCAGGAGGUGGUGCUGGCGGUGGCAUUGAAGUCGGAGGAGGCAUAGGCGGUGGUGGUAGUGCUGGUGGAGGUGGUGGUAUUGGAUCCGGAGGAGGGGGUGGAAGUGGUACUGGUGGUAAUGGAGGAAGCUGUGCUGGUGGUCAUGGUGGUGGUGGACGUGGUAGUGGUAGUGGUGGUGGUGGUGGACGUGGUAGUGGUGGUACUGGGGGAGGUGUAGGUGGAGGUGGUGGCGUUGGAGUUGGAGGGGGAUUUGGUGGUGGUGUAGGUGGAAGCGCAGGUGGAAGCCCAGGUGGAGGUGGAGGCGGCAGUGUUGGUGGAGGAGGACGUGGUGGUGGACGGGGUAGUGGGGGAUCUGGUGCUGGUGGAAUUGGCGGUGGAGGUGGUGGAAGUAUUGGCGGUGGAGGAGGUGCUGGAGGAGGUGUUGGUGGUUCGAUUGGAGGUGGUGGUGGUGCCGGAGGUGGAGUAGGUGGUGGUGCUGGAGGAGGUGUUGGUGGUUCGAUUGGAGGUGGUGUUGGAGGUGGAGUAGGUGGUGGAGCAGGUGGUGCGGGAGGUGCAGUAGGUGGUGGUGUUGGAGGUGGAGUAGGUGGUGGUACAGGUGGUGGUGUCGGAGGUGGUGGAGGUGGUGCUAUCGGAGGUGGAGUAGGUGGUGGUACAGGUGAUGGUGUCGGAGGUGGUGGAGGUGGUGCUAUCGGAGGUGGAGUAGGUGGUGGUGCAGGUGGUGGUAUUGGUGGAGGAGGUGGUGGUGGUGGACGUGGUAGCGGUGGAGCUGGCGGUGGUGUAGGAGCCGGAGGAGGAAUUGGUGGUGGAGUUGGUGGAGGAGGCCGUGGUGGUGGACGUGGUAGCGGUGGAGCUGGAGGUGGAGUAGGAGGUGGAGGAGGAGUCGGUGGUGGAGUUGGUGGAGGAGGCCGUGGUGUUGGUGGUGGAGGUGCUGGCGGUGGUGUGGGAGGUGGAGUUGGCGGUGGUGUAGGGGCAGGAGGUGGAGUUGGCGGUGGUGCAGGUGCAGGUGCAGGCGGUGGAGGUGGUGGUGCAGUGGGAGGUGGUGCCGGAGGAAAUGCUGGAGGAGGAGUAGGCGCUGGUGGUGGUGCAGGUGGUGGAGGCGGUGGAGGCGGUUUUGGCAGUGGUGUUGGAGGGGGUGGAGGUGGAGGACUUGGCGGUGGUGGUGGUAUAGGUGGUGGUGGAGGAGUGGGAGGUGGUGUAGGAGGUGGAGCAAAUGUUGGUGUAGGAGUUGGAGCAGGAGGCGGUGCAGGAGGAGGAGCUGGUGGUGGUCUAGCGGGUGGAGGAGGAGUCGGCGGUGGUGUAGGAGGCGGAGCAAAUGUUGGUGUAGGAGUUGGAGCUGGAGGUGGUGCAGGAGGAGGAGCUGGAGGUGGUGCAGGAGGAGGAGCUGCUGGUGGUGGUGGUGGUGGUGGUGGCAUUGGUAACCGAAGACAUUAAAUCGGAAAGGGCAGUGACUUAACAAUUUGGUACUCCAUGCACGUUACUUCCAUGCAUGCUUAAUAUUAGUAAUGAAUAAAACAAGUCUUUCGUUGUGUUGUUGAGCAUGACUCGUCUUUUAAUGGCUUUAUAUCUUUCGUAUGUUGUAAUGCUUUCUGUUUUUGUUAUUCCGUUGAUUAUGUCUCUGGAAUCUUCUGUUUCGUUGUAAACUUUGAUGUUCACUAAACUUUUUAUAAUACAAGUAGUUGCAAAAAAAUAUAUAAUAGUAAUAAAACAAGUCUGUAAAGGAAA